CGCGGGAUCGCGCCCCGGACUGCAGAUACCGCGAAGGCGCGCAUGUGGAUGUCUCUGCCGCUCCCAGACGCAUCUCGUUGCCUUGCGCCUUGCUGUCGGUCCAGGGACGUCCUGGCUCGCAGAGCCCUGGCCCCCGGGGCCCCGACCCUCCUGCAGAGCCUGCCGCCGGACGCCCACGGCCCUGGCGCCGCGCCAGGAGAGCGCCGCGGGUGAUGCUGGACCGUGCCGCGGGCGCCCUGGAGCGGAUGGCCGCCGCCAGGUGGUCGGUGGCGCGGGACCUCGAGCACGUGCACCUCCUGUGCCGCCGCUGCUGGGCCGCGCCCGAGACGGUGGGUUCUGCCUGCCCGGCUCCGUGGUGGCCCUCAUCGCCGGCUUCCUGGACCGCGACUUCGCGGCUGCGGCCCGCCGGCCCGCGCUCGCCGCCGCCUGACCGCGGCCGGCGGCGACCCGCUUCGGCGCCGCCCGAACGAGUCUCAUCCUCAAUGCCCCCACUCGAGGCCUCUCUCGGAAGAUGGCGCC